AUGGAGCUAAAGAGAGCAGACUUGCGCCUGAAUCAUCCCUUUGUCCAGAAUUUGAUUGCUGGUUUGAUGCUGCUGUGUCUCCCUGGCAUCUACCUGGCUUUGACAGGUCUCGGGGCUGGUGGAGGAAAGCCAUCUUCUCAGACCGUGGCUGCGAAUGUAAACGCCAUCUUGUAUGGCGUCUUCUUCGUGACCGGAUGGUUUGCUGGCUCCGUGAUGAAUCUUAUCGGUCCAAAUUAUACGGUGUUUCUUGGGUCAAUUGGAUACAGUCUAUACACAGGUGGUCUCUGGUACUUCGACCGAACUGGAAACUCCUGGCUGGCGUACAUGGGUGGAGGCAUCGAAGGAGUAUCUGCUGCGCUUUUGUGGGCAUCUGCCGGCGCAAUUGCGUACUCAUACGCCGAAGAGAAGGACAAGGCUCUGUUCAUGACAAUCCAAUGGUGUAUGUGUGAAGGUGGCUCGACAGUCGCUGCCCUGGUUGCCCUCGGCAUCAACAUGCACAGCGCGCGGCAAGAUGCUGGUGCGCCCACUCCGGUCUACGUCGUCUUUGUUGUCAUCCAGGUCUUGGCUAUGGUUCUAGCCUUGACGCUUCUUGUGCGGCCGGCAAAGGUCGUGCGCAGUGAUGGCACCAAGAUUGCGAUAUUCAAACAGCCUUCGUUGAGAAGCGAACUGGUCGGGAUCCUCGAGAUGAUCAAAGACUUCCGGUUCAUGAUGUUGCUUCCUGCCAUAUUUGUCGCCGAAAUGGCCCUGGCCCUCCAGAGUUCUCUCAACGGCUAUUACUUCAACCUCCGGACCCGUUCUCUAAACAACGUCAUGUUCAACUUCAUCCAGCUGCCGGCGAGCUUUGGGAUGACCUACAUCCUUGAUAAUCCUCGAUUCGGUCGGCGGAAGACAAGAGCACUGAUCGGGAUAUCUGUCAUGAGCGCGAUCACCCUUGCCAUUUGUGCCGCCGAGGCUGCGUGGCUCGCGGAACAUCAUCUGAAUCGACAUGAACCAGGUCCCUCCACCGAUUGGACUGAUCCUGCAUUCGCCGGAGCAUUUGUCAUAUAUGUCAUAUACGGAAGUGUUUACAGCAUAUACCAAAUCGCGACCCAGUACGUGAUCUGUGCCCUGACCAACGAUCCGGAGCGGCUGGCGCGCCGCGCGUCGUGCUUCCGAGGGACUACUGCCCUCGGCAUGAUGUUUAGCUUCAUCAUCGAUGGCAACGGAGGGACGUAUAUCACGCAGCUGUCCUUCCAGUUUGCCUGUUAUUUUGUGGGAAUCCUCUUUCUUUACACCGUCACCAUGUUCUAUGUCAGCGACACGAACUAUUUCCGCGAGGAAACGGUCAUUGUUCCAAAGCACAUUGAAGAGGAUGCCCGGCUGGAAGGGAGAAUUGUCGGGGAGACCGGCAGUGUGGAUGGCAGGGAGGUCGUAAUUCCCGACAAGAGCAUUGCGUAG